AGCUGCACAACAACAACUUCCCGGCAAACGUCAGGAAUAAUCAGCAAACAUGGCGGCCACGAUGCGAACCGGUGGUCUUCAUCACGCUUCGUCCCUGGGAAAUAUCGACACAUCAUCGCAGGCGAAGGUAAAUUUUGCGGCCCGCAGUUACGAUUCCGAAGAUGAAAAUAUGGGCAGAAAGAAGGGACGGCCAUUUGAGACGGGACCCUGCUCGAGGGCUCCCGUCUACUCCAAGGGAGACAUACGCGAACAGUACUGCCUGACGGAUCGACAGCUCAACUCAAUAGAGCAGCCAAGGCGUGAGCGAUUUUUUGGCUGCUGGUCCGGUCGCAAUGCACCCCAAUCGUUCCUGGGCGUUUGUGUUGGACGUCGGGCGCCCUCCGACGAAAACCUCGCAGAUUAUGCGCCGAUGCAACGUUAUCCUAGGUACAUCAAUUCCGGUCCGAUAGCGAAAUCCAUCCUGCAGCAGUACGAUGACGACAUGGAAAGCUCGUACUUUCGCCGAAAACCGACCUCUUUUUUAUCGAACAGCGGCAAUACGGGUGUGACCGGUGGCGGUGGACCGGUAGGUGGUGGAGGAGCUGGAGGUGGUGGUGCGGUGGGAUUAAUUAUAGGAAGCAGCGCAACACUGCCCGGUGCCGGUGACAGCAAGCGUUACGGUGGUUCCUGGCUGCCGGCCGAGGACGAAGCAGUACGGUUAGAGGGUCCAAGCCUUUAUCGAUGUCCAGCACAUAAUGAUCUCCUACCGCCUCCACCACCCCCACCAAACGUAGGCCUUAUCGAUGGCAUCCCGGGCGGACCACCAAGGACGAAGCAUGUAAGCUUUGCCCGAUCCUACACGCUCACUUCAUUCGACGAGGCGAUGGGUAGCCGACCCCUGUCACGGCUGGCAGCGGCCCGUAGCCAAGAAAGACUGAUAGGCGGCAAGAAGCCUACCAUCACGCUGGCCCAGCACACGGCCACACCGUACACCUCUGGUGCUCCACUGCACUCGAUCCUCACGCAACCCACCGCCCAGCAACCACUGCUGCCACAAGCCCUCCAAAAGCAACCCCUAUCCGUGCCGCAAAACCCGAGCCACAAUCAACCUCAGCAGCAGCAGCAGCAACCGCAGCAACUACCACAGCAGCAACAACCGCAGCAGCCUCAACACGUACUGAUACAGCAACAACCAACUUCGCAUCUUCAUCAACAUUUGCAUCAGCAACAUUUGCAACACUUGCAGCAUCAGCAGGCUGCUCUACUUGCACAUCAGGUACAUCUGCAGCAUCAACAUCAGCAACAGCAACAACAACAACAUCAGCAGCAACAGCAACAACAAGCAGCCCAGCAACUGGCCGCUCAGCAACAACAGCAGCUUCAGCACCAGCAGGAGAUGAUUGUGCUAGAGAAAGUGAAGCGUAGUGCGAUGAAAACGCAGGCAACGCAGACGGAAGUGUACCUGGGGAAGAAAGGGGCUGCACCGCACAAUCUUUCCCUUAGUCCCAGAACUAUUCAUCGGGUAAAAAUGGUUUCCCAAGGUGCUCAAACGAAUGGUGGACUUAAUGGCGGUGGUCGCAAGCUCACCAAAAGUCUAUCUGAAGCAGGUGAUCGAAUUCAGGAGAAUGGUAUCGAUCCCACUACAGUACAACCUAUCGACACAGGAACCAAUGCUAAUGUUAACUUCGAUCAUGAGCUGCUGCAUCGCACGCAAUCGGAAGAACCACCGAAAUCCCCAUUCACCAUCACGUCACCGCCCGCCUCACACGUAGGGCCACAUUUCGAGCUACCAUCGUCACGAACCUCCUCGCAGCUGAGCCAUUCCGAUGGGACCCACCUGACGCACUCGCGCAACCACUCGCAGGACAGUGCCACCUCCUACCGCUCGACCGAUGGCUCACGGACGUCCUACGAGACGGCUUCCUAUCCGUACGACGCGUACGACAGUAUUGUGUUGCCACGUCGGGCUAGCCAUGCGGCCGAACCUACCUUCCAGUUUCUCCGAAAACAGGACCUGGAGCAAGUGCAUCAUCAUCAUCAACAACAGCAGCAACGCCAUCAGCAGCAACAACAACAACCCCAACAACAACACCAACAAACACCACAUCAGUCCCAGUACACACACGGGUACGAGAAUGGAUACGUACCGUUCGAGACGCACAGUUUGCCGCGGCGAACCUGCAUCCACCACAAGCCGGAGGAGUUCCACACGCACACACUGCCCCGGCGGGAUCAUGGCCAUACGCAUCAUCAUCACGAGAUAGUGUAUCGGGACCAGUCACACCCAACGCUGCCUGCCCCCGAGCAUCUGAUCCUGUCCAAUGGUAGCGUUAAUCAAGAUGUUCGAUCUUUUGACAGUACGCCCUCGGCCCCGACGACCCUGAACCGGCGGAUGUCUGCCCACGCGAUAGUACUGCCCCCGGAGAAGCAGCAUUCGAGUGGGCUUCCUCUCGUGCAAGGACUUCACCAGCAACAGCAACUUCAACAGCAGCAACACCAACAACAACAACAGCAACAACGGCGCGCAUCCUACGCAUUUGUCACACCCGACACACACGCCCUAGCCAAACGAAACUCCAUUCCACAUCAGCAGAUCCAGAAGGUUCAACCAAUUAUGCAGGCCCAGUUCGCAACACCGGUCAAGCAGCAACCAUUUCAACCGUUGGUCAAACCACAACCACCCGUCCUACCGUCCCAUUACACCACCCAAACUGCACCCCCGUCCUGUCCGGUUACGCCGCCCAACAUUCAACCGUUGGACAUGCAGGACGACACCAAAUCGUCGUCCGAGGGCAGCUGUUCGACGUGCGAGUCGGAGAGCGAACAGGAACUGGACGGUCACGGUGAAGAGCAGGAGAUUUUCAUCGACUUUAAGCCACGCGUCUCACCCGUCCCGUCGCCCGGGGCAGUUAAGAAGAAAAAGCUUCAAAAGGCUCAGUCCGAAGGUGAGCUGGCACACGCCGAACGGCGGAAGACCAGCACGGGAGACGGCGAUGGUGGUAGUUCGACUGUUCCUACCGCAAGUGACGAUGAGGGAAGGUCUACGAUGCGAGAGCAAAGUGUACCGCAGCUACCAACGCCAGACUAUCGCGAUGCAAGUGAAAGUUCCGUUGCCGACGAUGAGCCACAGCAGGUGAUGGCAGAUCGGCGAAAGGAAAACUUUCGCAAACGGUCGGUUAGCUUGGAUCAACCGACAAGCUGCGAGCAGGACGAAGAUGAUGAGCUACCGGGAGGACCAGCAACCGUCAGGCAACAGACUGUGGAAGAUGCGAGGUCUCACGGACACGUUACUCAGCGAAUGUCGUCCAGGUCUAGGUCGAUUGGAGCUGCGAUAGGGUCGCGUCAUCUUUCGGCACCACCAUCACCCCAGAAGGAGGAUCAGUCGGCUUCGACCGGUAAGCUGCACCGGGAGGUUUCUCCGUUCCAUUCGUCGGAUUCGUUGGCGAAUGAUGUUACGCGCGAUACAUCGGAUGGAAAUUGGAACGAGUCGCAGGCCACGAUUAUGACUACAAGCUUAACUGAUAACGGGAAGCUCACUCCAUCUUCUAGAAGGAAGAACCUGUUGCUACAGCAUCAGCAACGCAGUUCCAUGGAUACGGAUGCACUGGACAUGGAAGAUAUCGCUGAUCAGCCAUUACCACCGUUGCCUGUAACCGUUGCCAGCACUGCACUGCAGACAAACCUCGUCUCGACGCCCUGCACCCUCGGCAGCCAUCAGCAGCAACCGAACGGGACGGCGAUUCAGCCGACCGGUAUUGUAAAGCCCACGACCCCAUCGAUCGCCGUCAUCCCGUCGCCAAGCAUGGAACGUGAGGAACGUGACCUGCAGUGGCAAAAAACGGCAACCCUGCGGCGUCCGUCGCGUCCCCUAUCGCCGACCAAGCGUGCGGCACGGAACGAACAGUUGCAGCAGAAACAGCAAAAGUUGCAGAAAAUCGAACCAUUAAUCCAUCGAUCUUCCGACCCUAGCGAUCGAACUAACAAACCCGACUCAAGUCCAACAUCCUCCAUCGCUCCCGGAAGUGGUGGCCCAACGACACCUCAACAGUCUCUUCCUGCCUCCGCCAAACUUCCCCACCAUCAUCCAAUGACGGCCACCACUCCGGUAGCUGCCCGUUUCACCAAAGGUUCGCCCGGUAAUGGUGUCGAUCUGCUCAAGGAUCAUCCGGUUCUCUGUCAGGAUCCCGCUUCCAGUGGCGGUGGUGGUGGUGGUGGGGGUGGUGCUGUAUCAGAAGGCAGCACUACCGAGGACUACGUGACGUGCACCGACAACUCGAAGCGUGGUGUUUCGGGAGCUAAAGGUACAUACAAAACGAUCCACGCCACUAGACCGACCAAGCAAGUAACAACAGCCACCACACAGGACGGAUCAUCGUUCGAGAGUGCGUCCUCCAUCUACAGCCUUGCACGGGUCGAUGCCGUGUGCGAAGAGACACCACCGAUCGAGGAAAAAUCCGUCUCACCUCAGAUUCCACCGCCACCCAUCCCCAAGCCCUCUCCGACGCACUCCGUCAGCAGCAGUUCGAGCGAUAGUUUCAGCGUUAGCAAGAAGAGUUCACCGUCAAGACCCGCCCUACCGAAAGCGAUCGCUGGUAAGGUGAAAACUUCCAAGCCACAAUCUCUGUCGGACGAUGAACGGAGCGAAAAGCGCUACUCUUCGUCGCACGAUGAGAAAGAGGCCGUCCCCAAGGUUCCGUACUCUGGCUCAGCAACCGGAACUAUUGCCCGGAGCGCUCGGCGGGGUCGCGACUGGAACGAGGAAGAACGGCGAAGGAAAAAGAGCACGUUUAAGCUGGAGUUUGACAAGGAUUCGAUCAAAACCUACACCACACCGAUGCUCCGUCAGCCGAGUCCAGGUUUUAAGAAGCUUUCGCCAGAGGAUAAGAGUGCGCUUAAUGUGUUGGAUGGGGCGAGUCCUAGUAGCAAACAGAAACGUUUCCGACAGAAAACUCGGAAGUCUCCACGUGCUCGUAGUGCGGUUCCGGAAGAGACAGGUACGGUUGGUGCGGUUGGUACGUCUGGAACUCUACCACGGCGUAGUAAGACACCUCUGGUACGAUCCCCUGAGAAGCCGACCACAACGACUACGACUACUACAACGGCAGUGGUCCUAGCGACACCUCAACCGACCAUUGUUACUCCCAGCUCGAAGCUUAGUCCCUCGCAGUACUACUCUCAGAUCCGUAGUCCACCCACGCAAUCACCUCGCAAGCAGAAGAUAUCGCCCGAGAAGCGUCUGCAGGCGAUCUCCACUGAAUCACUCCGAUCGGUAUCACCUGGUUCGGAUUCGGUGUUUUAUAGUGAAGCAGACGCAUUAUCUCACUGCGAGCAACAGGUUCACUGUUCGCACUGUGGCAAGGAAGUCGAGGUGGCAAAUCUUCCGGGCGAAUCCGAGGAGUCCAUCCUGACGCUCGACUCUACGGAUAACGAUCGGCCAGACAUUGUACAACCACCGGAGGGGUUCGCUGAUUCACCCGACUGUGCCAAAACUCCGCACCACACCACGCGACUCUACAAGAAGAUGGACAAACGAUUUCGCUCCGAAGAUCGACACGUCGAUCGGCGACACUUCAAGAGCCGGCAGGAGUACCGGGCCAAGAGCGAAGAACGUAGCAAGGAGGAGAUCGAACAGAAUAAUCUACGCCCAGCCGGAUCUUCGCCCUGUGUAGCACCGGCCGGCCAAGCAUACAUCGACACCACAUCCGAGCCAGAGCAGGGCAUCUAUCAUGGGAACUACAAGGCUGGCCUUUGGAUCUGUAUUGCCGAUCGUGACGUCUGGAGACGACACGAGCUACCGGACGGGAGCUUCGAUCGUUCGAAAGAUGCCACACUCGAGCGCCGUGGAUCGACGGAUUCGGAGCGAGACUUUCGUAAGAAAUAUCAAGCCAUUACGCAUCGGUUAGUGCACCGGAAGUCAUGCGUUGAGAUGUACCGACGGCAAAAUAGUAACAGUUUCGACACCGAUAAGACGGUGGUCGUAUGCAGAAAGUCCGGAGAGUUCGGAUUUCGUAUACACGGCUCGAAGCCGGUCGUUGUGUCCGCAAUCGAACCGGACACACCGGCGGAAACGUCGGGCCUAGAGGUAGGUGAUAUUGUACUGUCGGUCAACGGUAUAUCGGUGAUCGACAAAAGUCACUCGGAGGUUGUGAAAAUUGCCCACGCUGGCAGCGAUACGCUCGAGUUGGAGGUUGCUCGUACGAUUGGGGUGCUAUCCCCAUUGGAAGAUGGAUCCUCGCAUCCCUCGAUCUAUACCGGGUUCCUGUGGCGGUACUGUGCCAGCGGUGGUAAAUGGGUUCGACGAUGGUUCUCGCUUCGUCCAGACCAUUGCCUAUACUAUUAUAAAUCUGAUACGGAUAAUCAACCGAUCGGAGCGAUCAUGCUGACUAACCACACUAUCGAACGCAUCCCACUAGAGCCGACUACACGCCCAUACAGUUUUGCCAUUGACACAGAGGAAGGCACAAAGGUACAACUGUCAGCGGACUCUGAAGAGGCUGCUAGUCGAUGGAUCGCUAUCAUCAGCCAUGCUGCUCAGCAGUGUGAUCCUUGGUUGGAAAAUAGUGCGCGAAACUUGCGUCUCUCGGCCACGGGUAUCAGCAAACCGGACUGCAGUGGACCGCUGACGAAGCUGGGCAGCAAAUGGCGCUCGUGGACCAAACGAUACUGCGUGCUGAAGGAUGCUGUCCUGUACUUCUACCACGACGGUACCAGCAAGAGUGCUUUUGGAAUGGCUUGUCUGCAAGGAUAUCGUGUCCAACCAUCAUCGGCAGGCGGAAAGAAGUAUGCGUUUGAGAUAGUACCACCGGAGCUAAGUCUCAGACACUACUACUUCCACACAGAAACAGAGAUGGAUAAGAAACGCUGGGUAGCCGCACUGGAAUAUUCGAUAGACCGGUGGAUGAGGGCUGGCUGAAAUAACCUGAAACGCUACGAGCAGCUCGUAUAGUACACAGCAUUUGGCCUUACGGUUCGCCAAUCUCCGGCCGGGAGCAAUCCUUUCCGCCAGCGACA